AGGCUGCGUGUGUCAUGUGAUUGCUGAAUUGUGAAUCAAAAAAUAGCUUCAGUCAGUCCUGGAUAAUAGGAAACUGCUUUAAAUACGACACAUAUGUGACAGUCUGGACUUCAUGCUGAAACCACCAGGCUGUACAAGGAGUAUGCAGUGCAGUGCUCAACGUUAAUAACAACUGAACUCUGCCUCUGACUCAAGUCAUCUGAUAAAAAUGGCGCUGCAGAUGGGGAUCCUGUGUCUGGCUCUGCUGGGCCUCAGCACAGCGCUGGUCUGUCCCGAUGGAGGCAUGUGUGAGGACAAAAACACCUGCUGCAAGAACACUGUUGGAGGAUAUGGAUGCUGUCCUCUACCACGUGCUGAGUGUUGUUCAGACCACCUCCACUGCUGCUACGAGGGGACACUGUGUGAUCUGGUUCACAAGAAAUGUGUUAAUAAGACAGUUUCUCUGCCGUGGAUGACACGUCUUCCUGCCAAACAGUUCUGGCUCGUCCCUCAGCAGCUCAGCGAGAGAGUGAAGGCAGUCAUUUGUCCGGACCAGGAGUCUGAGUGUCCGGAUGACACUACUUGCUGCCAGCUUCCUGACGGCUCCUGGGGCUGCUGUCCAUUAGCCAAGGCUGUGUGUUGUGAGGAUAAGCGCCACUGUUGCCCUGAGGGAACAAAGUGUGAUCUUGUUCACUCAAAGUGUGUCUCUGCUUCUCUGGAGUCCAUCCCCAUGCUGGAGAAGCUUCCUGCCAGAAAGAGGAAGAAUAAUGCAGGUCUUUAUGGUUCUACAGCUCCAACUGUCGGUUCAGUGUCGUGUCCUGAUGGGAAAAGCAACUGUCCAAAUGGUACCUCGUGUUGCCUGUCACCCAGUGGAGACUACAACUGCUGCUUUUACCCAGAUGCCGUAUGCUGCAAGGAUCAUAUCCAUUGUUGCCCCAGCAACACAACAUGUGACUUGAAACUUGAGAUCUGCAGGUCUGGUCAGAUCCAUGUGCCGCUGAGGAAGAAGAUUCCUUCUAUGCCCAACAACAGUCUUUAUGGUUCUACAGCUCUGCCUGUCGGUUCAGUGACGUGUCCUGGUGGGAAAACGAGCUGUCCAGAUGGUACCUCCUGUUGCCUGUCACCCAGUGGAGACUACAACUGCUGCUUUUACCCAGAUGCCGUAUGCUGCAAGGAUCAUAUCCAUUGUUGCCCCAGCAACACAACAUGUGACUUGGAACUUGAGAUCUGCAGGUCUGGUCAGAUCCAUGUGCCACUGAUGAAGAAGAUUCCUUCUCUACCCAACGACAGUCUUUAUGGUUCUACAGCUCCAACUGUUGGUUCAGUGUUGUGUCCUGAUGGGAAAAGCAACUGUCCAAAUGGUACCUCCUGUUGCCUGUCACCCAGUGGAGACUACAACUGCUGCUUUUACCCAGAUGCCGUAUGCUGCAGCGACCAUAUCCAUUGUUGCCCCAGCAACACAACAUGUGACUUGGAGCUUGAGAUCUGCAGGUCUGGUCAGAUCCAUGUGCCGCUGAUGAAGAAGAUUCCUUCUCUACCCAACGACAUUGAUUGUCCAGACAAGAAGUCAGCCUGUCCUGAUGAAACCACAUGCUGCCAGAUGGCCAACAGCUCUUAUGGCUGCUGUCCAAUGCCUUAUGCUGUCUGUUGCUCAGAUCACAUCCACUGCUGCCCUGAGGGCACAGAGUGUGACCUAAUCCACAGCACCUGUGUGUCAACCCGGGGAGACGUCACCAUGGCCUCCAAGAUCCCCGCUGCUGUGACAGAGGUGGUGGCAGCACAGAGCAAAGUCGGUGCUGUUCCGUGUAAUGACUCUGUGGCCUGCGCUGACGGAAGCACCUGCUGUAAAUCGCUAGAGGGAGAAUGGGUCUGUUGUCCUUUACCGAAGGCUGUGUGCUGUGAGGACCACCUGCACUGCUGUCCCCAUGGCACCGUUUGUAACCUGGCAGCCUCCACGUGUGACGAUCCCACGGGCAGCGCUGUGACGCCCUGGCUCGGCAAAGUGCCCAUCUUCCCCUUACUGACCGACAACAGCAAGUGCAACAGAUCCACGUCGUGCCCUGGAAAAUCCACCUGCUGCAAGACGGCAAGUGGAGACUGGGCCUGCUGUCCUCUGCCUCAGGCCGUGUGCUGUGACGAUCACGAACACUGCUGCCCUCAUGGCACAAUCUGCAACCUGGAGGCUGAAACUUGUGACGACCCGUCAGGUUUUUCACCUUCCCUCCCCUGGGUGGAGAAAGUCUCCGCUCUGACCGCUGAGGUUCUGGAUGAGAAAUGCGACAAGGAGACCAUGUGUCCGGGGGGCACCACCUGCUGUAAGAAGAACUCUGGACAGUGGGCCUGCUGCCCCUUACCUAAGGCUGUGUGCUGCAACGAUCAAGAGCACUGCUGCCCCAAAGGCUACAAGUGUAACGUUGCUGAGCAGACCUGCGACAAGCCCGGACACCUGAGCGUGCCCUGGUUGCUGAAGAUCCCGGCCCUGCAGAAGCAGCCCGUUUCCAGCUCAGCUCCGCCGGCCAGGAACAUGUGUGACGCCAAGACCAGCUGCCCCAAGGACACAACCUGCUGCUUCAUGGACAGGACCCACAAAUGGGGCUGCUGCCCUCUGCCAAAGGCCGUCUGUUGUAAAGAUGGAAACCACUGCUGCCCCAGCGGCCACACCUGUGAGCCUCACCGGUCCUCCUGCUCAAAGGGCCCCCAUGUCAUUCCCUGGUUCACCAAAGUGAGCGCUCUGACUGAGCCAGGGUCUGUGUCGGACGUUAAAUGUGACGACAAAAGCAGCUGCGCCUCAGGAACGACCUGCUGUAAACUGCCGACGGGAGAGUGGGGCUGCUGCCCCCUGGUCAAGGCGGUUUGCUGUGCGGACCACGAGCACUGCUGUCCUCAGGGCUACACCUGCAACAUGCAAACGGGAACAUGUGAGAAGAAGAAGGACGCGCUGGUCCACACCCUCCCUCAGAGCAAAGUGGUACGGUCCGAGCCGAGAGACACGGAGGACGACACGGACGUACCAUGCGACAGCACGGGGGAGUUUCGCUGCCCCAAACAAGAAACAUGCUGCAAGAUGUCCGCCACAGAGUGGGCCUGCUGCCCCUCACCCAGGGCAACCUGCUGCUCUGACUCAAAGCACUGCUGCCCUGUGGGAUACUCCUGUGACCAUAAGUCUGUAGGCUGCACUCUGAAAACCCAGCUGACCUGGGACACUUUGCUCGCAGACAGAAAGAGAGACUUGGUCCCACGUGGACUUUAAUCCCACUGAGGUGCACGGAUCUUCUUCAUCUUUCAGUCCAUAACAUCCAUCUGCAGCUCGUGUUGUCUGUGGACAAUAAGGGCUUUUUUCCAACUUCCUGUUUGUUUAGUUGGGUGAUGGAGGUGUAUUUACCACAUAAGUAUUUGCGAUGGUAGGUGUGGAGGAUGUUUAGUGCGAGACAGGAAGAAAAAAUAAAAGGGCACGCUGCAGUUAUCUCUGGCAAUUAAGGGGUUUUAAUCAAGUGGAAGCACUUUGGUGGGAGAGUCCUGAUUGAAACUUAAUGUUGUCAUUUCAACAGUGAGCAGGAGUCUUUCAUGUUUUGCACCUGGCACAAAAUGUAUCAUCCUCAUGCUCAUGUCCUGGAAAUCAAUAGACUACAAUAACACAACCAUGAAACAUAGGCAGGACAUACUGCUCAGCUUCACAGUGUUAAUGUUAUUCUAUAUUUUUCUUAUUGUCUACAAACCCUAUGAAAAACAGUCCAUCUCUGAAUCCUCUCUGGCCGGCCUGUGGCAUUCAGCCUUAAGCCCAUUUUUUCUCACUGAGGAUGUAAUUGAUGAAAUUCACUGGAAAAUACUGGACCCAUAAAAUAAAGCUUUACCAAAUAUAGUUAUAAAAUUAUUAUUCUGCUUUUUCUGCCAGCAAAUAUCUGUGGCCUGGGAACUGGGAAUCAGCAGCAGGACGGAGUGUGUAGGUCUGAGUCAAACUGAACUAGUGCGUGUAUAUUUUCAGGUUGGAGCUGCAUGACACGGGAGUAAGAUAUAUCGGGCUUCUUUCCAUGGGACGAGUUGACAAUAAGAAAAAUACAGAAUAUCAUCAGCCCAUUUUUGAUUUUGUUUUUAUUGGAACUGAGUAUUUAACUAGUGCUGUUACAUUUCUCAUUAAAAAGACUUGAAUGUACUUGCCGCCUUAUUUUGGGCAAAAUUAGCUAAAAUUGGUGCAUAAUGUUUUUUUGUUGUUGUUGUUCCCUUUUUAUGUCCCCACUUGGUGAGGAAGAAACACUUCUUUGCUUACUGCGUCAUUACAUGUGCGCAAGUAUGAUCCACAUACAGAGGCGAUUUAAUUUAGUUGUACAGCUGUGAAUUUGGUGUAUGUUGAUUUUUAUUUAAUCCUUAUUUUUUCUGUGACUUAAAGCACCAGGAGUCGUGUAAUUGAAAUGCAAAGUACUUGUAGAAAUAGUUUCUUAAAGUUUAGAUCUUUAUUUUCUCUUUAUCACAAAAGAGCAAUGACAGACCAGACAAAUAACUUGUGCCUUCUAUAAUUUCACUGUAAGAGGUGCCAGUCUGUCGGUGUCCAGUUUCCAUUCCAUCAUUGGAAAAGAAUUAACAUGCUUUUAUUUUGUGUGUUUGGACAGUUGAGUGAAGACUUCUCCAAACACAGCCAAGAAAUAAGAGCCAAGUACAUCUUAAUGUCAUGAGGGAACAAAUUCAUGAGGGUAUGCUCCAUCGGCAGAGAACAAAAAACAGACACUGUUGUGUACUGUUGUUUGGUUUAGGGCUUUUUAACAACUCACAAGGGCAUCAUUUCCUACCAGGGGAUGGAAAAUCCUAUUUAAAUCCUUUUCUUUCCCCCUCACUUUUAUAGUUUCAUGCUGAUUAUCUUACUGAAAUCUCUCUUUAAAAAAAAAAAAAACUUAUCUGUUUGGCUGCCAAAAUCCAGACAAGAGAAGAGUUGUUCAUGUUGGUGGUGGUUGUUGGCACCAGAUGGAGUCUGAAGGGAAUACCUGCAGACAUUGUUCAGGGUGGAGAAACGACUUUACAUCCUUUUGUUUGAUAUUUGAAUCUGUAAAAAGACGCUUCAUGGAACAUCAGUCAUACAUAAAGAAUAGAAAAAAGGCCAGAUUGUCUGUCAUCUAUCUUUAUAACUUUGAAAAAAAAAAAAACUUUGAAAUUCAGAGUUCUGAGACCAACCCCACGCCAUCGUCUACAGUUUCCAGUCUUUUCAGUGAUACGUAUUGAGUCUUUGUUUUUUGUUUUCUAGCUUAUGGAGAAAACUUUUCCAACCACUGAAUCCACUCUUCAAGAUUGUGAAAACACUGCAUCUGAUAUCUGUAACUAGAACUUUCUGGAACGACCAGACAGGUCAUGAGGUGGUUGUAAUUUUGAUCAAAUCUAGCUUUCAUGAACUAAGAUUGGACACAUCCUGAAAUGUAUUCUGUGAACAUGUGCUCGUGGUCCAGUCCACAUCAUGUUAUCACUGCUCCUUUAUAGAUGCUUGUCUGUGUUUAUUAAUGUGUUUAUUUUCCCGAGGUACAUUUUUGCAGCCUUUAAAAAAAGGCUUUACUUUGAGGAGAAGGGGGGCGGGUGGGAUUAAAUACUCGAGACUGAAAUAAAGUUCUUGAAAAUA